AAAAAAAAGAAGCCAGAGUCUCCGGACGAAAAAAACGCCGGCUUGUUAUUACAUUGUGGGGCGGGGUAUAUACCCGGGACGAGUCAAGAACUCUUUCAUCCUGACAAGAACCCUCAACAAAUCCGAAUCCAACCGAACGAAAAGUGACUAAGCAGAGAGAGUGUGGUCCCAACAUCGGCCCCUCGUCUCCGUUCAAACAGCCCCACAUAUCCAACAACAACUCUUUGUCAAAUCGACUAUCAUCAUUCGACAAAUCGACAAACUGACCAUCGUCAGUCGAAUCAACCACUGUUUCGUUUGCAUUGUUAGAGGAGAAGUAAGAGAAUAUCGAUGGAGAGAAUAGAGACAUAGAAGAAUUUGUAUAAGAUCCCUACCCUUCGUAAACCAUCCAUCCCUACUUCAGUUUCUACUUCAGUUCAAGUUCCGAUCGGUGUCGUUUACCCUAUCAAGCAACUACCCACUCGCUCCACCAUGUCUUCCAUUCCUCAACAAAGGGCAGGUUCUGCAUCUCCCUCCACCUCGUCUUCUCGUAAAGCAGCCAAGUCAACCGCCACUGCUUCAGCACCUUCAUCGAGAACGUCGGGUCGAUCAGAUCCUUACUAUGGUCAUGAAGAGACGGCAGUAAUGUGCGCGCGAUUCAUCGCGUCCUUGUUCCAAUGUCCAAACAUACCUGCGCAAACAGCACCUGGUGCUCCUACACCCACCCUCGCACACUUUGUCGCGUACGCUCUUCAUCGUACGCGUCUUCCAUCAGUCGUCACCUUUGCCGCCCUACUCUUGCUUCAACGAUUGAAGACUCGUUUCCCCGCUGCACGCGGUUCGUCCGGUCAUCGCUUAUUCAUCUCGGCAUUCAUGAUCUCUUCCAAGGUCAUAUGCGACGACACUUACUCUAACCAAAGUUGGGGGAUCGUCGCUCAAAAGAUGUUCUCAUUAAAGGAGAUCAACCAGAUGGAACGUGAAAUGUGUGGAUACUUGGAAUGGAACCUCAACGUAGCAGGUGAAGAAGUGACCGAUUUCGAACGUCGUCUAAGAGUAGACUUCGGACCGAAAGCCAUCGUAUCACGUUCCAGCCCUACGACUGUCGAAGCUCAUCACCUACCGACUCCACCUACUCAUUCUUACCCUACACCCGAAACAACACCCGAUGCUCCUCAAUCUCGACCCAUCCGUCCAGUACCGUCUCCAUACAAGUCCAAACCUGUCACAUACGCACCACCAUCUCCACCGUCUUCUCCUCAUUCUUCUCACUAUCAUCCUCAAUCACCACCACAGUACUCUUCCAGCUCGUCAUUACAAUCUUCCCUACAAUCCUCACCUGCUAGCGACGAUUGCAAAACUCCUUCGCCAGUAUCUGUCGUACCACAUCGAAGCAAAUGUGGAGUUGUGGAGGAAGAGUCGUGUUUAUACACUAGGAGGAAAGGGGUUCAUACUGGGUUUUUGAGUGUUCAAGGUGGAGUCGCCCCAAAGGCCAAAGGAUCAUUUAGUCGACAAGCUCAAAGUACUCGUAUACUUGAAGAUGAAGCUAGAUUGUGUUGUGGAGCGUGA